UCUUUGGAAGAACAUUGAAUUUGUGAAUCUUGCACGGUUUUAUAUUGUUAUAACGAACUCUGGAAGAACAUUGAAUUUGUGAAUCUUGCACGGUUUUAUAUUGUUAUAACAAACUCUGAAACUUCCAAACAUCAAGGAAAGAAGAAGCAGAUGACCCACCGAUCUGUGAAACUUUCCGUGAACUGUAUUAAUCAGAAUAGCUGGACCCUGUCCGACGACGACAAGUUGAGAAUGGCCAUAAAACUUCCUGCGAUCACUAAAGGACUGGAGGACAACAGGAACCAUCGCCCACAGCUCAGUGUAAACACACAGAGAAAGAAGGAGGAGCUCCUACAGCUGACUCAGGGAAAGCAGUGGACCAACCAGCCGAUCAUGACGCAGGAGUCAGAUCACAGGAGGGACCGUAAAAUGGAUUUGUCCUCCACAAAGCAGAAGCAGUCAACUCUGUUACCCAUGAGGGAUUGGGAAGAGCAGCGGCAAGAAAACAUGCAUCAACAAAUGCUGAUGAAGGCCAAAGCUGCGGUGGACACCAAGGGCCCCAAAACAUUCCCACAUAUCACAGGCAAUCGGAAGAAAGUCCAGUUGCAGAAAGAAUGCAAGAUAGCGGAGGAAAACCAGCAGAACCGCCAGCGAAUCCUGAUGCUGGAAUCGGAUUUCAGGAGGGAACGCUGGGAGGCAGAAUGGGGAAAGGUGCAGCAAUGGAGAGACCACUGCAGACGGUUUCCCCGAGGAGAGACCAACAAACAGGAUUUGUCCCCCACAAAGCCGUCAACUCUGUUACCCAUGAGGGAUUGGGAGGAGCAGCGGCAAGAAAACAUGCAUCAACAAAAGCUGAUGAAGGCCAAAGCUGCGGUGGACACCAAGGGCCCCAAAACAUUCCCACAUAUCACGGGCAAUCGGAAGAAAGUCCAGUUGCAGAAAGAAUGCAAGAUAGCGGAGGAAAACCAGCAGAACCGCCAGCGAAUCCUGAUGCUGGAAUCGGAUUUCAGGAGGGAACGCUGGGAGCCAGAAUGGGAAAAGGUCCAGCAAUGGCGAGACCACUGCAGACGGUUUCCACGAGGAGAGACCAACAAACAGGAUUUGUCCCCCACGAAGCCGAAGCAGUCAACUCUGUUACCCAUGAGGGAUUGGGAAGAGCAGCGGCAAGAAAACAUGCAUCAACAAAUGCUGAUGAAGGCCAAAGCUGCGGUGGACACCAAGGGCCCCAAAACAUUGCCACACAUCAGAGGCAAUCGGACGAAAGUCCAAGUAUCAGAUUGA